CUGCGGGCGGUGGGCAGGCACCGCGCCUUCCUCCUCCUCCUCCUCCUCUCCUCCUCCUCCUCCUCCUCCGCCUGACGUCAGCCCGCGGCCCCGCUCAGUCUCGGGCGGCCGGCGGCGGGCAUGGCUGGGGGGCGGCGGCCGGCGGGGCUGGCCCUGGGCUGGGGCUGCUGCCUGCUGCUGUGCUGCGCUGCAGCCAGCAAGCUGGAGAUCUCCAUGCCACCUGUGGUGGAAGUGGAGAUGGGGGGCACAGCCAGGAUCGAGUGCAACUUCUACAUCCCUGAGAAUGCUUCCUACACCUACAUCGACUGGUUCUACGUGGACCGCAGCAACAGGCAGGUGAGGCUGUACCACGUCACAGCCAGCGGCGUCCUGCAGGACGACACGGACUACAAGGAGCGCCUGUCACUGGGGCAGGACAAGGCCCUGUCCCUCAGCGCAGUGACGCUGCAGGAUGCCAGGAUCUUCAUGUGCCAGGUCGGGGCUGGCAGCUACGGCGUGGGAGAGAACAGCACCCAGCUCAGCGUCUACAAGGUCCCCACCACCCCUGAGAUUGAGCCACACUCAGGAGGCAUCUCCGUGCACAGCAGUGAAAUCCCAGAGAUCGCCAAGUGCGUGAGCAAAAACAGCUUCCCACCCCCCAACAUCACCUGGCACAAGAACGGGCAGCAGCUGCACGCCCAGGAGAACCAGGUGACGAUGCCGUCGACGCUGACGCGCGAGUCCAGCGGGCUGUACACGGUGAGCAGCGCGCUGUACGCGCCCGUCACGCGCCAGGACCGCCACUCCCGCUACCACUGCACCGUGCACUACUGGCUGCAGGGACAGCGGCGCGCCCUGGACUCGCGGGGGGUCACCGUCAACAUCUUCUACCCCGCCGAGCACUUGAAGCUGCAGGUGGUGCCGUCCUCGACGCUGGUGAAGGAAGGGGACAAUGUGACACUGGUCUGCGAGGCUGAUGGGAACCCACAGCCCGUCUUCAGCUUCUUUAAGAAAAAUCAGCUGGAUGAGUGGCAGGAACUGACGUCGCUGGCAGAGACCGACACCGGGGUCCUGAAGCUGCACGAUGUGGACAAGAGCAGCAAUGGCACGUACAGGUGCCAGUCCCUGGACCUGGAUGACAUGUCCCAGAUAGAGGAGGAGGUGGAUCUCGUUGUGAACUACAUUGAAGGGGUCCGUGUGAAGAUGGAGCCGUCCUCCACCCUCCGUGAAGGGGACAGUGUGACGCUGAGCUGUGACGCCCACAGCCCCGUGGGCCUGAAAUACCAGUGGAGGGAUGAGGAGGGCACGAAGCUGGUGGACGGGAACCAGCUCUUCCUGAGCAACCUCACCUUCGAAACCUCCAAAAACUUCAGCUGCAAGGUGAUGGCCCCGAGCGUGCCAGGGCUGGAGCAGAGCAAGAAGGUGUUCGUGGCUGUCGAGGGGAAGCCGCGGAUCGUGGCCAUCAGCUCCCCGCUCCACGUGCGCCAGGACGAGCUGGUGAACCUGACCUGCAAGGCCAUCGCCUUCCCCCCGCCCACCCUCCAGUGGAGCAUCAACGGCACGGCCCACGAGUACGUGGACAAGCAGCACAUCGCCAGCAACCUGACGGUGCGGGUGAGCCACGAGCUGCUGCGGGCGGGAGCCAUGUGCCGCGUGUCCAACAGGCUGGGCGUCAGUGAGAAGCACAUCCAGCUGGUGGUGGAUCAAAAGUCAACAGCAGAGAGCCAAGGGGUGAUCAUCGUGGCCAUCAUCGUGGCCAUCCUCGUGGUGGCCGUGCUGGGCGCUGUCAUCUACUUCCUGCACAAGAAAGGCAAGAUCCCGUGUGGCCGUGCCGGGAAGCAGGACAUCACAAAGCCAGAGGCCCGUAAAGACAAGAUUGUAGUUGAAGUUAAGUCAGAUAAACUUUCCGAAGAGGCGGGGCUCCUGCAGGGCGCCAACGGCGAGAAGAGAGCCGCGGCUGACCAGAGCGAGAAAUACAUCGAUCUGAGAAACUAGAGAGCAAACCCACUAAGUGCUUUCUUCCUUCCAACCUUUCCUGCUCUUGGAUUGCCUUCUCCCACCCCUGCUGCAGCCCCUGGGGAGCACGGCCAGAGGCCAGCCGAGUGUCACCGCGCUGGGGCCACCUCCCUGGCUCUCCUGGCCAUUACCUCAGCCCUGGGCUCGCAGGUGUUGCCUUAGCAGCAAAGCUGGACUCGCUUUACUACUCCAGAGAAGCCACAGCAAUAUUAGGAAGAAUUAUAUCCCGUUAAUCCCUACUUGGUGGAAGGAUUUGAGGUUCUUUCAGGUAAUCUGUUCUGUACACGUCGUGGGAAGGUUUCGACGCAUUCUUUUUUACCCUGACCUUGCUCAGAGAGGCUGGUGAAAUUUGGGGUUGGGGAUGUCUGAGGCACCUUAGCUGUAGGGGGUGCAGGUUGGAGGAGAGAGGAGAGGCAGGGGGGUGUGUUGGGGAGGUGUUUGCAGCUCCUCAGAGGCUCUGAGUGCUUUGCUUUGUCUUUGAACCGUCCCUGGUCAGUUGAUCCCACAGGAGGAGAGAGGAGAGGCAGGGGGGUGUGUUGGGGAGGUGUUUGCAGCUCCUCAGAGGCUCUGAGUGCUUUGCUUUGUCUUUGAUCCCUGGGUCAGUUGAUCCCACAGGAGGAGAGGGCCUGGCAGAGCAAGGCAGGGUGCCAGUCCCCAGGAAGGUUUGAGGUGUCUGCUUUGGGGCUGUGCUGAGCCCAGGGGCAGGGCUGUCUCUCCCCUCUGAAUCUGGCUCGCUGUAGGGAUGCUGCAGCAGCAGGACCCGGAGCUCCCACAGAUUGAAAUUCCAACUUGGCCAGGGCCAGUCAGUGACGUCUCAGGGUUUUUUUGUGCUCAGCCAUUGCCAGCCCCAGGUCCAGCUCCUCUCUGAGCUUCGCUGCCACCCCUGGCCCCGCGGGGAGGGGAGAAGGGCAAGAACUGCCAGGAGCUUCUGUGCCAGCCCUGCCCUGCCCCGUGCCAGAGGGACCAGCCCCUGCUGCCCCUCCGUGCCACCCUGAGCUCUGCUGCCCACAAGGCUUCGUCCCCUGGGUGUCACACAGGAGCUGUCCCCUCCUGCUGCACGUGGUGUCCCAGCAAAAGCUUUGGUUUAUAUAUAUUUGUGUUGGAUUGUGUGUACAUUUCCAGGAGUUUUAUUUCCUUUUUUUUUUUGUUUUUUUCUCCUUGUUGUUGUCCGAUACUUGCGACGUUUUUUUUUUAUAUAUGUGAAAAUAAAGUACGGAUUCAAAGCUGA